UGUGGUUUCAGUUUCCCAGAGAGCCCAAGUCUCUUUCUGUUUCUCGUCAAUCUCACUCCAAUUCCUACUAGAUCAUAAACGAUCCUUAUAUAUGUUCCUCUUUUUCUUUCAUGGUCCUUAGUUUCGAUCCAGUCCAUCGAUUCAUACCAGCAGAUUGAGAGCUCAUGGAACGGAUCGUCGGCGGCAAGUACAAGCUCGGCAGGAAAAUCGGCAGUGGAUCGUUUGGUGAAAUCUUUCUCGCUACUCAUAUCGAUACGUUUGAGAUCGUUGCUGUUAAGAUCGAGAACAGUAAAACAAAGCACCCGCAAUUGCUUUAUGAAGCAAAGUUGUACAAUCUGCUUCAAGGAGGCAGUGGUAUUCCUGGCACAAGAUGGUCUGGUCUUGAUGGGGAGGACAAUGUACUGGUCCUUGAUUUGCUGGGGCCAAGCCUUGAGGACCUGUUUGUAUACUGUGGGAGGAAGUUCUCGCUCAAGACAGUUUUGAUGUUAGCUGAUCAAAUGAUUACAAGGAUAGAAUACGUGCACUCUAAAGGAUUUCUUCAUAGAGACAUCAAACCUGAUAACUUCCUCAUGGGACUUGGUCGGAAAGCGAAUCAGGUUUACAUAAUUGAUUUUGGCCUUGCAAAAAGAUAUCGAGAUGCCACAACCAAUCGCCAUAUUCUUUACAGGGAGAACAAAAACUUGACAGGAACUGCACGAUAUGCAAGUUGCAAUACUCACCUUGGAAUUGAGCAAAGCCGGCGUGAUGAUUUGGAGUCACUUGGCUAUGUACUGUUAUAUUUUCUUAGAGGAAGCCUUCCGUGGCAGGGUUUGAAAGCUGCCACAAAGAAGCAGAAAUAUGACAAAAUUUGCGAAAAGAAAUUAUCAACUCCUAUUGAGGUUCUAUGCAAAUCUCAUCCAGUGGAGUUUGCAUCAUACCUACAUUACUGUCACUCACUGACAUUUGAGCAGCGUCCUGAUUAUGGAUUCUUGAAGCGCCUGUUUCGCGAUCUCUUUGCCCGUGAAGGAUAUGAAUUUGAUUAUGUAUUUGAUUGGACUAUCAUAAAAUAUCAGCAGGCACAAAAGAGUAGAAGUCAACCUCGUUCAUCUCCGGUUCCUGGUGCAAGUAGUAGCCAUAUAGUGCCAACAGAUAUGGAGAACCCUCCAGGAAGCAACAAUGCUCAAUAUUCCUCUGACAUCAUGAGAUCUAAUGGUCCUGGUGUACGCAUGCAAUUCAAAUCAGCAAUGGGCAAGAAUUUGAGCUCUGACAAUCAUGUUGAUAAGAAUACUGUAACUGAUGCACACAUCCCUUCCACUUCCUUUUCACUUGCUGGGACCUCAAAAAGAAAUGCCCCAAAGCCUGUUUUGCCCACUGAACCUGCAAAUCCUGCUCAAGGACACAGCAGCAAAAUUGGUCCUUCAAGUAGCUGAAUUUCAUCAUUACAACGCAUUCAUUCUGCAAAGUGAUUAGCAUGCUACGAUCUAAUCAAGAAGAUUCUAGUGAUACAUCUGUUGGAGGCAGCAAAACCUUUGGUGACUGGUGUCACUCUUUUUGCUAUUUAUCUGUUAAGAAGUUUCCAGUGAUGCAUUUAAGGGGCUCCAAUGUGCUUUGUUCCUCUAUGAAAAGCAGCUCACAUAAUUUUUUUCUUAAGAUGACUACAAACACAUUGGUUGGUAUGGAAUGCCGGCUACCCAAAGUCUUGGUCCCUUGUUAUGUACAUAGAUGUCAUAAUAACUCAUACAAAUACUGUAUUUAUGGUUCCAUUUAAUGUGAAGCUUUUGCCCCCUUCCCCCAUCUUCUCACUAGAUGAUACAGUUCCGUGUUGCCAAAUGGUUGUUGUUGACAGCAUUUUUUUAAAAAAAUUGGCUUCACUAAGGUUCUGAUUUCAUGGCGUGUUCUUACUAUUUUGAUGUGGUAUUGGGCUUUGGUGUUCCCAGGAGCAUUUUCUUUUCAAUCACUGACAGUUCCAUAUUGUAAUGUAAACAGUAUUAUAACAGUUGUGAUGCUUAAAAUUCAUGGUUACACAUUGUUGUCCCCGUGGUUACCUAUGAUACAAGAGAAAUUUCUAAAUUAUGUUGAUAUUUGUUUGCUGACUGGGCAUUGAUCAUGUAUUGUUCAUUGCUUCAGAAGCUUAAUUUACACAGAAAAUUUACGGCUCAAGGAGAUCCAAUUAUAUAUAUUUUAUAUAUUAGUAAAGUUUGCUCAUAUUCUAUGCAUUAAAAUAUACAUGUAGACAGUGGGUCACCCAAAAUUUUUUAAAAAUCAUCUGGUUUUCCUAAUGUGUUUUUAUAUGUAAUUUUUCAUUGAUUUCCCAACCCUCAAAUGUGCUUCUCUUCUCCCAUUUUCACUAGGUCAUUUUCUAAUUGUGCUGAGAUAACAAAAACUAUGUUUCUUAUACAUAUAUUGUGCUUUCUUGGAAGAUCACAUAACUGUUGCCUCAAUUUUCUGACUCUGUAUUUAAAUGCUGCUUUUACCUAUUAUAGCAAUGAAAAUGAUCAUUUAAUAUGAUUUCUGACCCUAAUAUUCUGAGAUUUUUUUGUCCCCCUCCUUGGUUUUCAUGGCUGCAUUUAACAUAAAAUGUACCUGUCUAAUUCCCUCUUUACAGAUCUCAUGAAGGAAUGUUAAGAGUCCUUUUUUUUUCUUUUAGCUUGACAUCCAUUUUUAUUUAAUAUUUCAAUUCAAAUAAUGCCCUUAAAUUAUACAAGUUUUUGACUUGAAGAUGAGAAUUUAUCUAACUGUCAAAUUUUUUUAAGUAUUGUCAUCUAGACGUGUAAGGUUAGAUGAUCAUGUAGCAUUCAAAUAUUAUAUUGUAUAGCAAUUCUUAGUAAUUCUUCCAACUGUCGAUUCAUGGUUUGUAACUUGCAGGAUUCUUUUUCUCCUACAGCAUUGUUUGAUGGAACGAAUAUAACAGGGGGCUAUCAUGCAGGGAUGGCAUUUGAAGUCCAUAAUACCUAUAGUUCUGGAUUGUCGAUGGCUGCUCAUCUAGGAAGACGCUGCCUAAAUAUCAACAGGGAAAAAGGUGUUAAAAUGAUACUAAUUUUGGUGCCAUUGUUUUAUGUGUAUUCAAAAUUCUGCUGGUUGCCCGUGUGUGUGCGCGCAGUUGUAUUGACUAUUGCAUACUUGGUUUAAUGAGAAACUAUGGAAUUGGUUAUUCAAAGUAGAAGUUAGCCUGUGUGUUAUGCAGCCAAGAACUUAAGAUGAAGAAUUACCAUUCAAGCUUGUUUAUCUGAUGAUACUGCAAAAUUCAAGUAAGCAACAUUAUUUUGGUAAUCGUGUGAUUUGAUUUGCAGCUGCUUGUGAUUGUUGCUGGAUGGGGGAUGAGUAGUGAGAUCUUCCUUCAUUUAUUUGGAUUAUUCAUUAGCUUACCAAGGAAAUUGCUUGCCAUCGGGUGAUAUUCUGCAGAUAUUUGUGUUUGGGAUGGAAGUUAUCUUCAGCGUGGACCAGUUGACAUUGUUCUUUGAAGAUGUCUUCAAGCACUAGUUUUGUCAGGUAAGUGAAAAUAAUUGGACUUCUGAAAGCAUGGCAGUCUGGGAUUUCAUUCAGUUCUGUGCUUGAGUAGUUACUUAUGUACUUCAAGAAUUCUGUUAUGAGACUUCAGAGCAUGUCAUAUUGUUUGGUAUGAUGGUUAGUCUAGACUUGGAAUCCUUAGCUACUUGUAAUGAAUAUCAUGGUAGCUGUAUCAGCAGUCUGUUGUCAACUUGUCAUUUCUCAAUGUACUUGAUUGGAAUUCCAUAAUGAGGCCUUCAGUCAUGCUUUGAUGAUCUCAAUAUACUUGAUUAGUGUGAUGAUCGCUCUCUACUGGGAAAUUUUAGCUUUGUUAGUGCUUCGAUCUCAACCCUCUACAUGACAAUGUUAAAGAGUAGGAUACUGCCGGAGUUUGGGAUAAAGUCCAUACUCCAUUUGGGCUUACUACCAGUGAUUAAUGCGCUCCACCUAUAAUAAGGCAGGCUGCUAAUGAUGUUCUGCAUCUCAUCUAUCCACUGGAGCUCCUCUCCGUACGGAUAAUUUUGAUUCACUUUUACUUUCUUGGGAUCAGUUUCUUCUCCUUGUUGCUUGUGAUAUUAGCCGCUAUGAUUCAUGGUUGCUGUGUCGGUGAUCUAGUCGGAGAUGGUAGCCACUGGAAACUAGGGAUUUGACCAUUGAAUGGUGUGCAUUUGUUCAUGCUUGAGAGAAAAUCAGAGAUGGAAAUCGAGCUUGGGUAGAUGCGACUGCUAAUUGCUACGCAUUUGUUGUAUGUUGCAGGGCUAAGGUUUGCUAUUUCGAGUUGUUGCUAUUUAAAUGGAGCAUGUAUUAGAUAUGCAACUUGAAUUUGAUAACUGGGCAUCUACAAAGGCGAAAACAAUAUUCUGAAUUUAGUAAGACAUGAUCUCGUUUACUUGAA